UUCUCUCUCUUUUUUCCCGAGAAAACAAUGGAAACGGAAGGAAAAUUUUCAGAAGAGAGAGAAAGCGGGAUGGCGAAGAAAACCGAGAAUGUCGGUUCGACGACGGGAUCCAACGGCAAUAGCUUUCCGUUGAGCUUUUGGGAGGUGACCGUGGCUUCGACGGUGGUCUUGGGAUUCGUGCUCGGGUUCCUCGGCGUUUACCUAACCAUGCCUUCCUCCGAUUACAGCUUUCUCAAGCUUCCUCGUACUCUCGAAGAUCUUCAAAUCCUCAGAGAUAAUCUUGAAAGCUACACAAGUGACUACACUGCACAGGUCCUGGUGGGGUAUUGUAUGGUUUACAUCUUCAUGCAGACUUUCAUGAUUCCCGGGACCGUGUUUAUGUCCCUGCUUGCCGGAUCGCUUUUCGGAGUCUUCAGAGGCGUAGCACUUGUUGUGUUUGCUGCAACCGCCGGUGCUUCUUCUUGCUAUUUCCUGUCAAAGCUGAUUGGGCGUCCCAUUGUAUUCUCCCUUUGGCCUGACAAGUUGCGUUUCUUUCAAGCACAGGUUGCUAAAAGAAGAGAGCGGCUGUUGAACUACAUGCUUUUCUUGAGAUUGACACCGACCUUGCCAAAUACCUUUAUCAAUUUUGCUUCUCCAAUUGUUGAUGUGCCUUAUCAUAUUUUCUUCCUGGGAACCUCAAUUGGUCUCAUUCCUGCUGCUUAUAUCACUGUCAGGGCUGGACUGGCUCUUGGACAGCUUCAGUCCAUUGGUGAUCUCUAUGAUUUCAAUUCAAUUGCCACUUUAUUCUUCAUAGGAAUUGUGUCAGUUACCCCCACGCUGGUGGGGAAAGGCAAGUCAUAGAGCUUUAUGCUGCCUGACCGUGGUGUACAUGGACUCGCGUUCUCUCAGCAGUCAUUUCGGUAUCGUCUUAUUCUGUGCAUACUUAACCGGAAAUUAUGGCUGUGCCUCUGUUUGGUUAUGGUUUUCGUUGCAUCUUGCAGCCAUCACAGAUGACGAGUACUCGGCUUCAUGGAAGUGAGACGCUGGAUGGACUCUCUGCACUGUCUUAUGAAGGUGGGUUGGGGCAACUAGGGAGAUUGGGAAAGGGUGGGGGAUGAUGUUUAUGUGGUGUUUAAUUUCAUUGGUAGGGAAGUACUCAAGUUCGUUAAUGUGUAUAUUGAAUAAGGCUGUUAUGUAGGCGCUCUCUUAUAAAGUUACUAUGCUUUUAGUACCAAAACUAUUGAAAUCAUUGUCACUUUCACACACACACAAACAUGGAUAUUUCCUUGUUUAUCUGAGUGUUCAUUUUUCCCUGCUAAAAGAAAAAAAA